GGACACGCUUGACUUUUGCAGAGUUAAACACUUGGAGAAACUUCAGGAAGAAAGCACUUGGUACAAGGGGCCAAAGGACACGUUUAAAUGUCUUAUUUCCUCUGGGGAGCCUGGAGAGAGGCAACAGGCACCUACUACAGGAAAUCAUGCGGAGAGGAUCUCUUAUUUAAUACGGUUCCCAGAUUACUUCCCUUCCCCCAGCCCCCACCCCCCACCUCCAGCCACACAGAGUCACCCAGUUUCCUCCUGCAGCAGAGACUAGACGGCAGUUCACCUCUGCUCCCUGAGGUCCCCGUAAGCCCAGAAGCUGAAGUCUGGUCUUGGGCAACCCCACCCUCUCCGCGGCUGUGAUUGAAGGGGAGGCCCUUCAGUUUCACCUCCCCAAAGAGGUUCUUGGGAAGGUCUCCAGUACAGGGUUAAAUUUCAGGAGGCUGCAAAGCACAGACGAGAAAGGCAAGGCAACUCAAACUUGAAGACAUGAAAUCCCCAAGGAGAACCACUUUGUGCUUCAUGAUUAUUGUGAUUUUUUCUUCCCAAGCUACACUGAACUUGAAUUUAGAGUCUAUUGUUUGUCCUUCGCUUCUCCGUGAACAUGAACUAUCAGGGGAGGACCCAGUAAGGCAAAAACGAGCCGUUGCCAUGAGCAGUCCUGCAGCCCAAGAGUUCACUGUCGGUGUUGAGGUCAGUUUUGAAGAUGCCUCCUUCCUGGAGCCUGGCAAAGCUUACUUGACUAGCCUCAGUUUUCCAGUUGAAGGGGGUGACACUGACCCAGCUACCAACAUUUUGAGCAUCGAGGUGACCACAGUCUGCAGACCUACUGGAAGUGAAAUCUGGUGCUCCUGUGAGAAAGGCUAUAAGUGGCCUCAGGAAAGAUGCCUCCACAAUCUCACUUGUCAAGGGCAUGAUGGCUCCCCUUCUGGGCAUCAUUGCAGUUGCCUUAAGGGACUGCCUCCCAAGGGACCUUUUUGCCAGCUCCAGGGAGCAGAUAUUACCCUGCGAAUGUCGGUCAGACUCAAUGUGGGCUUUCAAGAAGAACUCAGGAACUCUUCCUCUGCCCUCUAUAGGUCCUACAAGACUGACUUGGAAACAGCGUUCUGGAAGGGUUACAGUAUUUUACCAGGCUUCAAACUGGUGACAGUGACAGAGUUCAGGCCUGGAAGUGUGGUUGUGGUGUAUGAAGUCACGACAACAGCAGCAUCACCCGAAUUAAUGCGCAAAGCAAACGAGCAAGUAACACAGAACCUCAAUCAGACCUACAAGAUGGACAGCAGUUCCUUCCAGGUUACUUACAGCAAUGAAACGAAGUUCUCCAUCACCCCAGAAAUCAUCCUUGAAGGGGAUACAGUAACUCUGAUGUGUGAGAACGAAGUUUUGUCCUCCAACGUAUCCUGGCAGCACGUGGAAACAGGCUUCGACAUCCAGAACAGCAGCAGAUUCUCCAUCUACACCUACGUGCUCAACAACAUGACCUCCGUGUCUCGCCUCACCAUUUACAACAUCACUCAGGAUGACGCGGGUGAAUAUAUUUGCAGACUGACAUUAGAUAUUUUUGAAUAUGGGUCCAGAAAAAAAAUAGAUGUUACAGCCAUCCGGAUUUUGGCAAAUGAAGACAUGAAGGUGAUGUGUGACAACAGUCCUGUGUCUUUGAGCUGCUGCAGUGAGAUGACGGUGAAUUGGAGUCAAGUUGAAUGGAAGCAAGAGGGAACUAUAAGGAUUCCAGGAAGCCCUGAAACAGACACAGACCUUGGCUGCAGCAGAUACACCCUCAUGGCCGAUGGCACUCAGUGUCCGAGCAGAUUAUCUGGAACGACAGUGAUCUACACGUGUGAGUUCAUCAGCGCCCACGGAGCCAGAGGCAGUAAAGACAUAAAAGUGACAUUCAUCUCUGUGGCCAACCUAAAAAUAACCCCGGACCCAAUUUCUGUUUCUGAGGGACAAAGCUUUUCUAUAAAGUGCAUCAGUGAUGUGAGUAACUAUGAUGAGGUGUACUGGAACACUUCUGCUGGAAUUAAAAUAUACAAAAGGUUUUAUACCACGAGGAGGUAUUCUAAUGGAGCAGAGUCGGUGCUGACAGUCAAGACCUCGACCAGGGAGUGGAACGGAACCUAUCACUGCAUAUUUCGAUACAAGAAUUCAUACAGUGUCAUGGCCAAAGAUGUCACCGUCCACCCGCUGCCCCUAGAGCCUGAUAUCAUGGUUGAUCCUUUGGAAGCUGCCAUUCCAUGCACAAGCUCCCGUCACAUCAAGUGCUGCAUUGAGGAGGACAGAGACUACAAGGUCAUUUUCCAAGCUGGUUCCGCGUCCUUUCCGGCUGCAAAAGAAGUUAAUGGAAAGCAAGUGUGCUACAAACACCAUUUCGUGGCAAACUCAAUUUCCUGUCCAGAAAAUAUGGAUGUGUUUUGUCACAUUACCAAUGCCGCUAAUAAUUCAGUCCGGAGCCCAUCUAUGAAGCUUUAUCUGGUUCCUGGGGAGAACGUCACAUGCCAAGAUCCUAUCAUAGGUGUUGGGGAACCCGGAAAAGUCAUCCAGAAGCUUUGCCAGUUCUCUAAUGUUCCCAGAAUCCCUGGGAGUCCCAUUGGCGGGAUCAUAACUUACAGAUGUGUGGGUUCCCAGUGGAAGGUCAAGAAAAACGACUGCAUCUCUGCCCCAAUAAAUACUCUGCUCCAGCUGGCUGAGGCUUUGAUGAAGAGCCCCUCUCAGGAUGAGAAGCUCCCUUCAUACCUAAAGAAUCUUUCCAUUAGCACAAACCAGGUGAAACUUGAAGUCAGCUCAUUUCCUGGGAGCCUGGGAGCCAUUAUUAACAUCCUUGAUUUGCUUUCAACAGUUCCAACCCAAGUGAAUUCAGAAAUGAUGAUGCACGUCCUCUCCACGGUCAACGUCAUCCUCGGCAAACCCAUUUUGAAUACCUGGAUGAUGUCACAACAGCAAAAGACCAAUCAGAGCUCACAGUUACUGGAUUCAGUGGAAAGAUUUUCCCGAGCCUUGCGGUCAGAAGAUAGCACCAUCUCCCAACCUAAUGUUCAGAUGAAGAGCAUGGUCAUAAAAUCUGGCCACCCCAAAUCCUACACACAGAGCUUUGUUUUCUUAGACUCUGACCUCUGGGGCAAUGUGACCAUUAAUGAAUGCCAGCUGGAACACCUGCAACCAGAUUCAUUUAUCGUCACCGUGGCUUUCCCAACUCUCAAAGCCAUCCUCGCCCAGGACGUUCCAGGAAAGACUUUUGCAAACAGCUUGGUCAUGACAACCACUGUCAGCCACAAUAGAACCACGCCAUUCAGGAUCUCGAUGACUUUCAAAAUCAACAACCCUUCGGGCGGGGUACCGAGGUGUGUCUUCUGGAACUUCAACCUCGCCAACCACACAGGGGGGUGGGACAGCAGUGGGUGUUACGUUAAAGAAGUCACCGAGGACAGUGUGUCCUGCAGCUGUGACCACCUCACAUCAUUCUCCAUCCUCAUGUCCCCUGAUUCUCCAGACCCUGAUUCUCUCCUGAAAAUACUACUGGAUAUCAUUUCCUACAUCGGGCUGUGCUUUUCCAUCUUGAGCUUGGCAGCCUGCCUCGCUGUGGAAGCCGUGGUGUGGAAAUCGGUCACGAAGAACCGGACUUCCUCCAUGCGCCACAUCUGCAUCGUGAACAUUGCCGCCUCCCUUCUGGUCGCCGACGUCUGGUUCAUCGUGGCCGCCGCCAUCCACAACUACCGCUACCCACUCAACCAGACGGCCUGUGUGGCCGCCACCUUCUUCAUCCACUUCUCCUACCUCAGCGUCUUCUUCUGGAUGCUGACUCUGGGCCUCAUGCUCUUCUACCGCUUGGUUUUCAUCCUGCAUGACACGAGCAAGUCCAUUCAGAAGGCUAUCGCGUUUUCUCUCGGCUACGGUUGUCCUCUGGUCAUCUCCGUCAUCACGGUGGGGGCCACCCAGCCCCGGGAGGUCUACACAAGGAAAAAUGCCUGUUGGCUCAACUGGGAGGAUACGAAGGCCCUGCUGGCCUUCGUUAUCCCAGCACUGAUCAUUGUGGUGGUCAACGUGACCGUCACGGUCGUGGUCAUUACCAAGAUCCUGAGACCUUCCAUCGGGGACAAGCCAAGCAAGCAGGAAAAAAGCAGCCUGUUCCAGAUCACCAAGAGCAUUGGGGUCCUCACACCGCUCUUGGGGCUCACCUGGGGUUUCGGUCUCGCCACCGUGUUCCAGGGGAGCAAUGCUGUGUUCCAUAUUGUAUUUACCCUCCUCAAUGCCUUCCAGGGAUUAUUCAUUUUACUCUUUGGAUGCCUCUGGGAUCAGAAGGUACAGGAAGCCUUGCUGAAUAAGUUUUCACUGUCGAGAUGGUCUUCACAGCACUCAAAGUCAACAUCCCUAGGUUCAUCUACUCCUGUAUUUUCUAUGAGUUCUCCAAUAUCAAGAAGAUUUAACAAUUUGUUUGGUAAAACAGCUCAGCCCCCAGGCCCCUCCCAAGAGCUUCCCAAAGUCACACCAACCCAAAGGGACCAGGGAUAUUCCCUCCCACGGAUGCCCCCAGGCCAUUGCAUGUGGUGGCAUGCAGAGGGCUGCCCCUGUCACGGUCUCCCUGUCUUUUGUAGAAAUCUGGCUGCUGAAAGAAAUUUUACAACAGGCUAGUCUGUGCUCCUGAUGACACUUUACCUUGAUGAACAGAUGGUGAAGAUUGUUUCCCGUGCUCCGCAACAAGAGAAGCCACCGCAAUGAGAAGCCCGCACACCGCAACGAAGAGUAGCCCCCGCUCGCCACAACUAGAGAAAGCCCGUACACAGCAACAAAGACCCACCGCAGCCAAAAUAAAUUAAUUAAUUUUUAAAAAAUGUUAACCAUGUACUGUGGCCACAGCAACCAUACAUUCCAAAUCACAGUCGGAUCCCAGGGAGACAGUGAAACCGAAUAAAAAUGUGGGGCUUCUCUGAAAAUGUGGGUUGUGUGGUCUUCAUAAGGACAAAUUUAAACAUGUCCAACCACCAGGAAGAAAGGCCAAAAGAGUCCAAGAUUCAGCAACCAUUUAUUUAUUGAGGUUCGAAAGGGUAUUCUGUAAAUGUUUUAACGCUUUAAAAUCUCUUCCGUUUAUUUUAAAUUUUAAAUUCUAUUUUCAUCUCUCUUUUCUUUAUGGAGAGGGGGAGGUGAGACAGAAGUCCUAAUGUUUCAAGGAAAUGAACUCUUUUUUCAUACCUAUUCACAAACAAAGCAGACAUCUAUGCCCACAUUUGCCUGCAAAUUGUCACAUCAUUAUCCCAGCUGAAUAGUUCAUUAUUUAAAGUCCCUAAAGGAAAUGAUUGUCAGGCUUAACAUUUUUCAGGGAAUGAUCAACUUUGGGCAGAGUUUGGUACUUAGAAGACAGACCCAGAGGUUAGGUUGGAGGAUCAACUGAAUUAGAUUUAGCUAUUAGGGAAAAAACGGCGUUACUGAUUUGGUCUCUGGGGUUGUAUCAGUGGGGACUGAGGCAGGGUUAGACAGUAUGUUAGCAAGGCCACCUUGAUGUGAUCGGCCAAGGAAAGCACAGCACACUGGAGGCUGUGGGUCUCCUGUUCAAAACCACAAAGUGACAAGAAACACUGACCUUCCACCCACUUCUGUAGGGAUCCUUUGGGAAUCAUUGUGUUUGACUUUGUGAAGGGCCCCUCUGUAAUGACAGGAACCUUCAUCAGGGCUCCCCAGGAUGUGGAUCUGGCUCUCUGCCCACGUUCAUUAACAUGGGGACGCACGUUCACUUACCCCCAACACACACACACACACACACACACACACACACACACACACACACACACAGGUGUGCAUGUACCUCCCACCUUUCAAGUCACAGCGCCGGAUCCAAAUUCCAGGAAAGCUAUACAAACAAAACAUUGGAGAAAUACAAUAAAUGCUGGUUUUCUGCUCAACUGCAAGACACAUAGUUCAGCCACUGCUCUUUGCCAAGAAGAUCCUAAAAUGAGCAACAGAAUUCAAAAUUGUAAAAAAGAGUGGUCCGUGAAUCUGUAAAUUAAAUGAAAGCGGGAGCUGUGCUUGGCCCCAAGGUCACCAGUUCUCAAUCAGCAAGGAUUCCGAGGCUUUUCACAGCAGAUUUCCGAGGGAAGGGAGAACAUGGGCUCUGGUUUUGAUACAAAGUGAGAUAUGGGGUCAACUUCACUUGGAAAGUGGGCAAUACUUCCCCACGUCCCUGAAAUCUCUCAGUGUAGAAAGUCGGUUCCAUGGGCCAAAACCUUCUUGCAUUAAGGGAUGUUCUAUUAAGUCAGUUUCUUGUAGAGGGAUCUGUGCUAAUGCUUCAGAGAUUGUGAGGUUGGAGCAUUCACCAAUGAGCAAUGAAUAUAAACUACAGAAAUAUUCUAAGCCCAGUAUAAUAAUCUAAGUCCAGUGUAACACAUCGUCUCUUGAAUGAGUCAUGUAUCUGCCAUCCUCCUCCCCGUGCCUUACUGUUUUCUUGGAGAAAGAGGUAAAUACAGGUCCAUGGGGAUUUCAGGAUGUAGGUUUGCUAAGGCCAGAAAUUAAGAAACACUGUGGGAAGUCAUAGUCCUUUGUGGUUUAUCUAGGGACCUUCAGAGAGGUUGGAAGACUGAUAAAAAAAAGUUUCAUGGAGAUGAGAAAGAUAAUAGCAACCAGCAAGAACAGAGGUGGGGGAAGGAGUUAUUCUGAGGCGAGUGGAACAGAAAGUCACAACCAUUUGAUAAGACAAAAGGAAACAAGUGUGGUCAUAGAGAUGCCAUGUAGGUGGAAUGCAUUUUAUUUGUGGCAGGUGAAGGUGAUGUCAAAUGGGGCUCUGCAUCCCUAAGAGAAAGUCAAUAACCCAGGCCAACAGAACUCUGAUUCCCUGAGUGUCCAAAAUAAAGGAGGGGCUUUCAGUGGAUCUGUGUCUCUCUCAAGUAUUUUAUUUUAUUUAUUUAUUUCUUUUAUUUUUUUAUUUUGUUGCGGUACACGGGUCUCUCACUGUUGUGGCCUCUCCCGUUGCGGAGCGCAGGCUCCGGACGCGCAGGCCCAGCGGCCAUGGCUCACGGGCCCAGCCGCUCCGCGGCAUGUGGGAUCCUCCCGGAGCGGGGCACGAACCCGUGUCCCCUGCAUCGGCAGGCGGACUCUCAACCACUGCGCCACCAGGGAAGCCCUCUCAUGUAUUUUUUGAACGUCAGUGAAAAUAGUGUCUCAUCAUUUCAAAGAUGUCAGCUUUGAAAUGAGAUGCUACAGGUUUCUAAAUUAUGACUUGGGAUUUUCAGUCAGGUCUUAAUAGCACGCCAGCAUACAGCUCUGUGUCUUUUCUGUGCUUAUAACAAUAAAAAUCUAACAAGAUCGAGUGAAGUUUUCUUUAUAUAAAUUGUCUGUGCUCUGGGAAUAGGCUACUGCUGUUGUUUCAGGCUUCCCCACGUCCACCAGAAUUUAAUUCCAUCUUCUCCAGUGAAUGGUCACAUCUAUUCUCCAGGUAUGGGGGUGAGGGUGAG